AUGAAAGCGUAUGAUGAUGUCAUGAAUGUUAACGUCCGAGCUGCUAUAUAUUUGACAAAGUUAGCUGCGCCAUAUUUGAUUAAAACUCAAGGUAACGUCGUCAAUAUUUCCAGUGUUUUAGGAGAAAUGCCAUCUUCAAUACCACCUUUGAUGACUUAUUGCAUGUCUAAAGCAGCAUUGAAUCAUUUCGGUCAAUGUGCAGCGGUGGAACUGGCACCUCAUGGAGUUAGAGUUAACACGGUUAGUCCAGGACCUGUUGAGACUGAUAUCAUUGAAAAUUCAGGAUUCCCAGGAACAUGGGAUGAUUUCAAAAAGGGUACAAUUUUAGAUAGAGUGUCAGAUCCUGAGGAAAUAGCGGAUGUCAUAUUGUUUUUAGCUAGUGACAAAGCCAGAGGAAUCACUGGUUCAAAUUACUUAACUGAUAACGGCACUUUGUUAAAACGA